GCUUAAAUAGCCUUCAGGAAAAAUCACAGUAGUUUGCAUAUGAAUUGACAAAACUUGCCGUCAUGAAUCGGAACACUUUGCGGAUUUUGCUUCUUACAGUGCUGUGUUUGUUUGUGCAAAAUGAAACGCUCAAUCCAGCUAUCGCUGAUGAGCAGCUGCUCUGGGUCGGAGGUCAAACUGGAGAAGUUCACACCUACAGAAUUCCCCUGCUGACCUUCACUACUCAGGGAAGUCUUCUGGCUUUUGCAGAGGCCCGGAAACUGUCCUUCAAAGACAAGGGUGCCAAGUUCAUAGCUUUGAGACGCUCCACAGACAGAGGAGUCACCUGGUCUCCCACCUCCUUCAUAGUGGACGAUGGUUCUCUAGCAGAUGGGUUGAAUCUAGGUUCGGUUGUUGUGGAUGAAGAGACUGGUGCUGUGAUACUCAUCUACGCUCUGUGUUUCCACCGUUAUCACUGCAAGCCCUCCAGCACCAUGAUGGUGCAGAGUCUAGAUGACGGGUUCACCUGGAGCGCUCCACGAAACCUUAACCCUCAACUGGGGCUCAUGAGUUUUGCUCCUGGACCUGGCUUCGGUAUACAGAAACGUCAUCCGCCAGCUGUUGGGCGUCUGGUGGUGUGUGGCCACGGUAGCAUCACUGGAGACGGAGUGUUUUGCAUCCUGAGUGAUGAUCAUGGAAACACAUGGAGAUAUGGAGCUGAACUGAAGAGCAUUCCCUACAAUCAGCGCAAAAACAACCUUGACUUUGACCCAGAUGAGUGUCAGCCAGUGGAGCUGGAUGACGGCAGCAUCGUGAUUAAUGUGCGCAAUGAUAAACACUACCACUGCCGCUGUCGCAUGGUUGCACGCAGUCUGGAUGGAGGAGAGUCUCUGCCGGUGGAGGAGCUGGUGUUUGAUCACACACUGGAGGAUUCUGCGGUCGCAGCUGGAGCUUUAGAGAAGGAAGGAGUGCUUUACUUCACCAACCCAGCCAGCGCUAAUAGCAGAGUGAACCUCACCCUUCGCUGGUCUCUGAAUCAUGGUAAAUCAUGGGUGAAAGAUACUCUAAAGAUCUGGGCCGGGCCAAGUGGAUACUCUUGUAUGACGUCACUUAAAGGCAAUGAAACUGAGGAUCAUAAAUACAUCUAUGUCAUCUUUGAGAAAGGCCAAAAAUACUAUUUUGAGUCCAUCUCCUUAGUGAAAGUUGACUUGUACAGCGACCAGUGAAUAAAGUCACUGAUGGGCUGAUUCAAUUUAGGAAAAAAAGAAGCUUGAUCAAGUUGCUCAAUUUUGAAAAUCAAUAUUUAAGUGAAAAUGUCUUUCAUUAAUUGGUUAAAUGAAUUGUCUUAUCUCCAUAUUUUUUAAGAAUAAUUUUGAAAUUAGUCUUACCACACCUGUCUACUAUCUAAGUAUUAACUUUAGAGAAAUAUAGAAAUACAGCAGCAUGCAAGCUUGUCUGAGAUUGUAGAACCAGAUUUUUUUAUAUUGUUUGGUCAUCCCUUUUAUAGUUUUGCUUAGCAGUUAAGCAAAAAUAAUUUAAAUUGUAAAAAUUAUAUAAAAAUCCUCUGUUCAGUGGAGAAUUAAAAAUGUGUAUGUUGGAGGGCCCUUCCUCACCACCCCCAAAAAAUUAAAUAUCACUU